CCUCACUCUGUCCCUCAUGGCUUCCACACAUCGCGCCAUUGAACCCGAAAACCAGGCAGGGGAACAGCUUACGGACCAAGCUCUGGAUAUAGCUCCUCAAUAUGAUAAUACAGUCGGUGCGGCCAAUCACUAUGAUGACGACGACGAUAGUUUUGACAGUGAAGAUAUUGACUUGGAUGACCUCGAAGAUGAGCUUAAUGACUUUGAUGGUUGGGAUAAUGCCACAGGAGACUUCACAAAACAAUACAAUCGACUUCGUCAACAACUCCAGCCAAAUAAGUCUACCAACCCUGUUAUCAGUACACCUGCAGCAAAUCAACCACGCAAAACAUCUGUAGUAGCAAAAAAGACCGAGUCAAGUCAUUCUAUAGAGAAUGAUCCGCACAAACAAGGUGAUCAGAUCGAUGCACUUCAAACAAAGUUUGAAGGAAGACUUCAUCUCGGCGAACACAGCGUAGCUCCGCCUGUAGCAGAGCUCAAGUUAGGCAGUAAGAAAGCUGCUGGUGACCGGACCAAGAAUACAGAUAAAUCGGAUCGAGCUACUUCUGAUCAAGUCUUGGAUCCUCGCACACGUAUUAUUCUCUUCAAAAUGCUCAACCGCAACAUUAUUUAUGAGGUCAAUGGAUGCAUCAGCACUGGAAAAGAGGCGAACGUUUACCAUGCUAGGACUGAAAGUGGCGAGCAUAGGGCCAUUAAAAUUUACAAGACAUCCAUUUUGGUAUUCAAAGAUCGUGAUCGCUAUGUUUCUGGAGAGUACCGAUUCCGACAUGGAUAUAACAAAAGUAAUCCACGCAAGAUGGUCAAGAUCUGGGCUGAGAAGGAGAUGAGAAACCUGAAGCGUUUACAUCAAGCCGGUAUUCCUUGUCCAGAGCCAUUAGUACUUCGUAUGCAUGUCCUUGUAAUGGGAUUCUUGGGUGACAAGAAUGGUUGGGCCUAUCCACGUCUCAAAGAUGCGCAAAUUGAUGUAGAUCGAUAUCCAGCCCUGUACUUCCAGCUCAUCAAGUAUAUGCGUAUCAUGUAUCAAACAUGUCGCCUCGUACAUGCUGAUUUAAGCGAGUACAAUAUCUUGUACCACUCACGUACAUUAUAUAUUAUUGAUGUGUCGCAGUCGGUCGAGCAUGACCAUCCUCACGCCUUCAACUUUUUACGAAUGGAUAUUACCAAUGUAUCAGACUUUUUCAGGAAAAAGAAUGUUGCAGUCAUGGGCCAAAAAGAACUCUUUGACUUUAUCACUGAUGUGAACAUUGAAAUGACGGACGAAGGUAUGGAUAAUGAACUCGAGAGAAUUCAGAAUAACCUUCCACUCAACGAGACCAAGGCAGAGGCGGACAAACGCAUGGUUGAUGAAGCUGUGUUUGCGCAAUCAUAUAUUCCACGUCACUUACAGGAAGUCAUUGAUGUUGAACGAGAUGUACGCAAGGUUUUGGAAGGCAACACGGAGGAACUUUUAUACACAAAGAUGACAGGCAUUAAGGAUGUGGAUGAAAGGCCGAAGCAGAAAGUAGAGCCGAAACACCCAUCCCCAAAAACCAGGGGUCCUGGCGACGAACAAGAUACAGUUACUGUACCAGCAGCGGCUACUACCUCUACAGACGCAGCUAGUAUGGAUAAAGGGGCAGACAUUGGCAGAGUAUUACAAGGUCAAAAGAAUCAGGAGGUAUCAGGAGCUAAUAUCGAAGAACAAGAUCGCGAAGAGGAAGAGGAAGGUGAUAGCGGUUCAGAUAGUGAAGAUAGUGAUUCGGAUGCAGGCGAGGAUGUUUUUACGAAACAAGCACGCGGAAAGAGAAAUGAAGACAAGGAGGCGAAGAAGGAACGUAAGCUUAAAUCUAAAGAGGAAGCGCGUGAAAAGAGGAAGAACAAGAUCCCUAAAGCAGAUAAGAAGCGUAAAAUUAAGUCAACGUCUUCAAAGAAGAAAUAAAGAACUAUAG